GUCAACCCGGUUUUAUCUCGGAUAAACAUGACCAAACUCCGAAUUCGGAGGAUGCUGGUGGCUGUAUGGGUCAUCCCGUGUCUCCUGGCUGCACCAAAUCUCCAUCCAGCCAAGUCAGUGUCAAAUUCCCUUUUCUCCAGGUUUGGAGAAUUCACCAGAGUAACCUGCUUUGACGGGUUUUCCGACGCUUUUAGAUUCUACUAUUUUAUGACGCUUUUCGUCCUUGUGUACCUAAUUCCUCUUGGGCUUAUCGCCGUGACAUGUUUUCGCAUAGCGUCCGAGUUAUUAAAGAAACUUCCCUCGGAAGCUGGAGGAGUCACCUUCGAACUUGGGAGGAGAAAGGUAGCGAAAAUGGUCCUUGUCGUGGUUUUUUCUUUUAUCGUUUGCUGGAGCCCAUACUUCAUCGUAACAGCAGUGAGUCAAAUUCAGACUGAGAACUUUCUCCACUUUGGCCAGUAUUUUUUCACCAUGCUUCUCAUUAAUUUACUCGCCUUCGCCCAUUCUUGCGUCAACCCUUUCAUAUAUUUUGCAAUGAGUGCCAGGUUUCGGAAGGGAUUUCUCCACCUCAUUCACUCUUUCUACAAUUGUUCCCAUAAGUAUGCCCGCCCACCAGAAAAUAUCCAGUUAUCAAUCCUCCGCAAUGGAAGGACUGUCACGAGAUUGGCAAGUCUUCCAACUUCGCCAUUUUUACUUACUUCCCGAAGAAUUGCAAAUUCCGAGAGGUCAGCGAGAAAUUUUUGGAGGACAGUGUAAAAUUGUACUUUUUGCUGAAAAAGCUUAAGGGUUCUGUCGAAUUUGGUCCGUUGUCCGGACAACUUGGAUAACAGAAAACAUGGCCAACCUACAACAUAGAUUUGUCUCAACAACGAUACAACUUGGACAGUUUUUUCUUGACAACUUGUCAACAACGGACAGCUAAUUUUUUCCCCUUUAAACGGACAAAUGAACGACGCUGAACUAUGGUUUCUGUCUCCUUCAUGAUGAAAUAUCAAAAAAAUCAAAUAUCUUAUUUGCAUGUCAUGUAUACAUAUUUAUAUAUAAAUGUAUGUAUACUUUACGUACGUAUAUAUGAAUUUUGUAUGAAUUUUGAGUUUUUUGUGUGAAUAACAUACGUACACGUAUGUUACAAAUGUACGUAUGUAUGGGUUAUAUUAAGCUGUACAUCAUAUGUAUAGGCUACAAAAUUAAAUGACAAGUCUGCCGUUAUUUGCUUUAUGUAUCAUCAAAUUAUUGUAGUAUCUGUAAGAUCUUUCUCGUCUAAUCUAAGUCAAAUUUUCAUUCGUUACAAAGAAAAGUACUCACAAAGUAAAAUUGGUCUUGAUUAAAACUCGCGACUUGUAUGAGUUCAUACAUUGACCUUACGACAGAAAUACAACAGAAGUUCGACGGAAAUACAUACUUAGGUACGUAUACAGAUAUUGGAGAAGCCGUACUUUUGUGAGCUUGUUAACUUUCCUUUGUGUGGAUAUCAAUAGAAAAUAAUAAAAUCUGAGACAUAUGCAAUAGAAGAAAAAAUUGCAAUUCGCUGUGCAGCAAGAUGCAAAAUUCGAACUUUCACAUUACUUCCACGUAACUCAAAGAUUAAAACACACUGCACGUGAACAGAAUGUAAUCAAAACAGUGUAUCUUGCAAAACUGAGUAACUCGUAUGCAAAUCUUGAAUAUAUUGCAGUGAAACAUUUAUUUAUAAGUAUUUAUGUACUUCACUUACAAAUUUCAACAUAUAGAUAAUAUAGUUUUAAGGAGUUCACUUUAAUAUUGGAAAUAGCAGAUAAAUAUUUGUUCUGAAUUAACGAUUAAUAAAUAAUUAAGAUUUGUGAAGUCCAGA